CCUUUUUUGGGGGGAGUUUGGACUUUUCUCUCGGUCAUGCAGAGGCUCCACACACAGGAGCUUACCGCGGAACGUGACUGGAUCGUUUUGGUGCUCUGCUGUCGGUUUCCCGACACGUUUUGGCGAGAAGGGUGGAAGGAGCCCCAGUGCGUCACUCACCCCCGGGAGCCCCAGUUUCCGUCCGGGCACUCAGCUGGAUACUUCCCUCCGUCACUACCCGUCUGCACCUGCCAACUCUCUCCCCACACCUCCUCUGUUUACAAGCAGAAACCCUCACAAGGCUGUAAGUGUUACUUGACCGGUACAGACAGUCUCUAUUGCUCUGUCUGCCUCAGUAUGGACCGGACGCUCUCCAGGAUGAGGACCGCGUCUCUGGAGGCCUUGUUGACGUGGACAGUGUGGAUCAGCUUUGCGAAGAGCUGCUGCAUCUUCAAGGGACACAGAUACAGUGUGCCACCUCGGACAUGGAGGGGAAACACGACCUGGACGUGAUGGCUAAUGGCGAGGAACACGAAAUCCAGCCAAGUAAAAUCAGGCCAUCGCGCGGUCUCCGAGACACCUUGAACUGCCUUCGGUUCACCCGAGGAGGCCAUUGGCGGAGAGGCGUCACGUGACCACGGGGUGCCAAUGUUAUUCUACAAGGGUGUCAAGACCCUGUCAGUUUCUGAAAUAAAUAUUGGGAAACGGCGAGAUGCAAAAGGCAACCUACUACGACAGCUCCGCAAUUUACAGUGGCUACCCAUAUCAAAGCGCAAAUGGCUUCAGUUAUGAUGCCAAUCAGGUCCAAUAUCCCCGGGCCUCUCAUGUGGAAAGUGAGUACCAUCGACCUGCCUGCUCCCUGCAGACUCCUGACGGCUCCGUGGCUCUGCAGAAGCCGGGGGAGAUGGCGGAGAGCUGCGACAGGACCACAGCCAUUCAGGCGGCGCAGUCUAAGGUUCAUCCCGAAAGCAAUCAACCGCAGGUGCCGGUGUCAGGCCCACCCCCUCCCUCACAAUCCCCCGGUGCUAUCAGCCAAAACACAAGCAACGGGUCCAACCAGCCCAGUGCCAAGAACGGCUCCCCGACCUCCACUGGUCGCAGCAAACAUAUCUUCCCCUGGAUGAAGGAAUCCCGUCAGAACACCAAGCAGAAACCCACCAGUAGCUCCAGUUCAGUGGAGAGUUGCCCCGGAGACAAGAGUCCUCCGGGGUCAGCAGCAUCGAAGAGGGCCCGGACAGCCUACACCAGCGCCCAGCUUGUGGAGCUGGAGAAGGAGUUUCACUUUAACCGGUACCUCUGCAGACCUCGGAGGGUUGAGAUGGCCAACCUGCUUAACCUCACCGAGAGACAGAUCAAAAUCUGGUUCCAGAAUCGCAGGAUGAAAUACAAGAAGGAUCAGAAAGGUGUCGGAAUGAUGCCUUCCCCUGGUGGACAGUCCCCCCGGAGUCCUGUGGGCCCACCCUCUGGUGGUGGCGGCGGCGGAGGAGGAUACCUCAACUCUAUGCAUUCUCUUGUAAACAGUGUACCUUAUGACUCCCAGUCGCCGACGUCUUACAAUAAACCUCAUCAAAAUGCAUACGGUAUGGCCACGUCAUACCCCCCUCCUUUAAACAGCUCCCUCAACAACUGCCCGCCCUCCCAGAAGAGGUAUCCCGGGACCGACUCGGCCACGCCCGAUUAUGACGCGCAUCCUCUCCAAGGCAAUGGCAACUAUGGGACGCAUAUGCAAGGCAGCCCCGUUUAUGUCGGCGGAGGUUACAUCGACUCAAUGCCCAAUACUGGGACCUCCGUUUUCGGUCUGACCCACCUCCCGCACCCGCCGCCCGCAAACAUGGACUACAAUGGAGCAAUCACAAUGGGCAACAGUCAGCAUCACGGAGUGUGUGAUCCGACACCGACGUAUACAGACCUAACGUCGCACUACUCUCAGGGAAGAAUCCAGGAAGCGCCCAAACUGACGCAUCUGUAGCGGUGGCGCUGCCUGGAUCACUCCGCCCAUUGUCUUCUCCACCUCCAGACACAUUACUGCUUUGUUUCUGCGCCUUCUCACGGCUCCCACCUUCUCUCUGCUUUUUGUUUAUGUUUUCUAUAGUUUGAUGUGUGAAGUAGCGUAGGAUAAAUAAUCAUGACUUGCUUGAAUUUUUCUCUAUUUGCUCGUGUAAUUGUCUCACGAUGACCUUUAUCUGGCCUGUAGACGUCUAGAGCGGGAGGGAGGGGGGCACAGUAUAUGCAUAGGCCUAUUUAAUCUUUUUUUUUAUUUUUUUUUAUCUUGUUUUAAAAUCGCAACUCAAACAGGGUAUUAUGAACAUGUUAUUCAUUUUAAUGUGAAUUUGUCCGUCUUUUAUUUAUCCGCAGUUGAAGAAUUGUGUUUUGCAUUUUGUUGCACUUGUGAAGGGUUCCUUCAAGAGCCACGAGUUGGGGUAAUGAGGGAUAUACAUUUUCAAAAACAAGGGUCAUGAGCUUACACGCAACUUCCCUUGCUUGUGUUGUUCUAUUGGAUUUUCUAAUGUUAUUUAUUUUGUUCGGUGUAAAGAUAAAAUAGUCCUUUAGUAUUAUUUGACACCUCUGCGAUCCUUGUGUGGGGAGAAGGUUAGGGGAAAAUUAGCGUAUCUGCCCCUUUCAGCUCAUACACGUAGUCUGCAGAAGGUCCUGCAGCAGCAGCACACCAUGCUGCUAUUAUAGGCUAUGUUUCCAUUUUUUCUACUUCGAGGAGGUGUUUCCUUUUCUCAGCGAAUGUAAAAUCAAUCAGUCAUGCAAUAAGGGUGGACAGAAGGACACACGUUAAACGUUUCUUUAUUGAAGAAAAAAAACAAAAAACAUUUUCUUUCGAUGUCAUACAUUCCAUGCUGCUCCGGUUCAAGAAAUAAAUAAAACAAUUGAAAUAUAAUUGCAGCAAA